AUGGCACGUACUUCCGUCUUCCGUGUUGGCUCGGCUUUCAACGCUGUGCUUCUCGUCUGCAUCAUCCUCAAACAUGUCGCCCUGGCCGUCGCGCGGUCCACGAUGCGGCACGCUUGUAUGGCCGUCCUCAUGCCCAUCAUGCUCCUUCACGUCGCCAUAAUCGAGGGCUGA